AGUUUGGCUGCUUGGGGUAAACACCGAAUUUGUUUACGCGGUGAAGAUAUGCGUAUGAGGCAAGAGAAUUAUAACUGACUAGUGUUACCUCCCUCAACCACGCAGCUUCUAGCCAAGGGGUCACUUCCUCUCGUCUGACAGUAUUCGACAGUCACAUGAAUGCUAUUGCAUGAAACUUUAUCUUCUUCCGUGGUAGCUUACUUAGUUCAUUUUAUGGGUUGUGAAUGUACAAAAAAUUUAUAUAUGCAUAAAAGAUGCCAACAGUAAUCCUCCUAGAUGUGUCUCUUUCUAUGAGCCGGAGUGUAGAUGUAUCAACUCCCAGCCAAAGUGAAGAAGUAGAAAGAUUAGAACUGAGGAAGGACCUUGCCGCCCAUGGAUGUCACAGUCUUCUCGAUCACUUUGCCCAACACUGUAAAUUAGAAUUUGCUUGCUUGAUAUCCUUUUCAUCUGUGUACAAAAUCCUUAUGCCCUUUACAAGGGAUUUUGAAUCCAUAAAAAAUGCCCUGAAUCUGGUAGAAGAAGGAGAUAAAACGAGUAUUGACGUUGGGCUGGUUGGUGCGGCUCAGCAUAUCCUGGAGGAGUGGGGGAAUGGAACUCCUUGUCAGAUUGUUUUGGUGACCGAUGGUAAUGCAGGGAUAGGACAGCAUGCCAUGCAGAAGUCUCUGAUGUCUCCUCAUUCCCGAGGAGCUGCUCAAUUCCCUUUGCCCUUCCCAUUUCCUGCAAAACUCAGCAUUGUUUGUAUUGCCAACCCAAGUGAACCAGGCUUCCAGACUUCAAAACCUUUAUAUCAACGUCUGAUUGAACUGAAUGGCGAGGGUGAUAUUCUUGUUCCAGAAGGUGGAUUAAGCAAAAAGUCUGUAUCAGAAUUAUUUGACCAGCUGAUUAAGAACAACUUCUCCUCAUAUUCUGGAACUCUUCACUGUGGGAACUUGUCUGCUCCCAUUACCCUGUCGCCUCCACCUCAACCCUACUGCCGUCACCAUGAUUUUGAAGUGAUACGUGUGAGUGUAGAUUCUGCCAUCCAGGUACUGGGAUUUCUUAAUACGGGAGACGUUUCUUCACCUCCUGCCUUCUCCAGACAUCUUGUGCUUCCUCUUUCCACUAAAGGUGACAUGGUGAUGCUACCCAAGGCUGACGGUGGGAGUGAUGAUGAAAGUGGGAACGAUGAGGGGAAAAUACCCUCUUUCUGUGUCUUGCUCCAUGGUGGGCUAAAGAGAGAAAACACAGUGGCUUUGUGUCAGGUUGGCGACAACUGGUAUGGCAUUCUGUAUUCAUGGGCGGACAACAAAAAGAAGUCAAACUUGAUGCUGUCAAUUUUUGUCCCAGGCAAUGAUGUUAUUCCAUGGAUGGGGAAAUUAUCUAAUCUUGGACCUGCUUCACUCUUGCCUACAAAUCCAUAUGGACAAAAUGAAUCUUCUACACCAUUUCCAUUGAAGAUUCAAGAAGAGAAAAGUUACGCACUUAAUUGUGUGGUAUGGGUACGACAAGGUGGCUUACAGUCAGAUAUACAGAAAAUCCUUCGUCAUGCUCGAAAACUCCCAGAUAAGACACAGAGUUUUUACAAGGAAUUAAACCGUGUACGUAGAGCUGCCCUGUCUUAUGGAUUCGGCGAGCUCCUAGAGGGCCUGGCAAGUGUCUUGGAGCGAGAGUGUACGCUCCUACCUUCUUCUUCCCAUCCUGUGGCAGCCAUUCAGCUUCAACAUGCAUACGAGGCACUAAGAAACCACGACAAGAGUGAUUUCAGGCAGAAUAUUACACCUUUGAAAACCACUUUUACAGGCAAUGACUAAUCAGAAAUUAAUGUCUAAGAGAUGUGGCUUAUCAUUAAUAUCAUUGUGUAAGGAAAAUUCUUGGGGACAUGUGUGGAUUUGUUUUGCCUCCUAGUUUAUAUCACCAGAUAAUUGAUAAUUCACCUCAUUUCAUAUGACAGGCGUGCAUUUUAUAAAUAAGGAAAGUCUUUCUUAUAGUAUAUGAAACAUUCCAUAAUUUAUGCAGGGAAUUCUACUGAACAUUCCUUUAGAAAAGGGUUUUAGAAUGCCUCCCCCCUUCCAGAAAAAAAAAAGAAAAAAAGUACAGUAUGCACAUACAAACACACACAGGCACACACACAGACACAUACAGACAUGCACACAGACGCCCACCCAUACACCCCCCCAUCACCCCUCUCUCUCUCUCUCUCUCUCUCUCUCUCUCUCUCUCUCUCUCUCUCUCUCUCUCUCUCUCUCUCUCUCUCUCUCUCUCUCACUAGUUUGGCAUAACUGAUGGUUCAGGACAGCGAUUUGAAUCUGGCAGUCAUUACCUGGCCAGCUGAAGUACCCAACUGCCCCAUUUUCUUUACCUUCACUGCAGAUUUAUGCAAAUAUUUUACACUCAGUUACUGAUUUUUCAGUAAUAUAAUGAAGUGUACAAUAAUAAUAAUAUUAUUAUUAUUAUUAUUAUUAUUAUUAUUAUUAUUAUUAUCCUAAGAUUUACCGAUUUACAUUGGUCUGGUUACAAACCAGCUGGACCUCUGAAGAUCAACCUAUAUUAAACUGAACUCUGUGGCUGAAGUGUCAUUUUCUAAGUUCAAGUCUUCAAAUUCAGCAGCUGAAGUGCCAUUUUUUAAGUUCAAGUCUCCAACUUAAGCCAAUUGUUUAUUUUUGUGUAAUGUGAUGAGAUGAUGUACAUCUUACAUUACGUCUUUUAAUACUUUCUCAAAAAAUAUCCUUUUGUUUUAUCUUAUCUUGAGCUGUAAGUUUACAAGGUUAGAUUUUUACCUGGUAAAAUUACUCAUCCAGCAAAUUGAAAUAUACAGAUGGUAUGUUAAUCAGUUUUAUUUUUAUUUUUAUCUUUAUUUAUUCAUUUUUACUUCUAUUAUAAUAAGUGUAUAUCAAUACUUGCUUCAGUUGGUGUUAAACUGAAAAGUUUUUAAUUUAAACAAUUUUCUUUUCUUUCCAAUUUAACUUAUGAGAAACAUCACUUCUAUAUAUUUUCAAAACUGUGGUCACAAUAUACAUCUAUUUCCUAUAACCACCCCCUGCAGAAGUGCAUGAAAAUGCCAGAUAUUAUUAAAAUAAGUAACCGUAUAAAUCUUUCAUUUUUCCGGCACCAGAACACACCAGAACAUACUCUACAAUACAGAGACGAAUUAACAUAGAACUAAUCCACUUUGAGCAAGCAAGUAAGGUGCUUUGUGGAUUUGGAUGUGAUAAAAGAGUUCAAAAGAGGGAGUGCUUGUCCAAGUGAAUGCCAAAUUUGAAGUCCUGAUUGCAUUUCUUCUACUAGUCAAAUGCUAAUCUUGGAAAAAAAAAUAUGUGAAGAAAAUCAAAGGGAGUACUGGAACUUGUUUACACAAAUGUACAAUGGGGUCAUCUCAUUCAUGUUUUUGCAGGGGUUUUGCACGAUAGAGUACACAUGGUGGCGGGAGGGGAAUGGAGACACAGCUGGUGUGUGAGGUGUGUAUAUAGGAGCCAUAUUGGGGAAGGAAGGGGCUGGGAGGUGAGGGACAAUUAAUGGCUAAUUAAUGGGGCAUUAUUUUAGUAAGUAUUUAUGUGACCAUACUUUACUCCAAGAUGCAGAGCUUGAUAUAAAAAAGAAAAACAUGAUACUAUAUGUAUAUAUUUUCAAAACUGGGAUACCGGGCUAUUUUGUAUUCCAAAUCCAUUGUGCUUUGUCAAAGAUAUUUCUCUAAUUACUAUACUGCUGGACUAGCCAAAAUAGAUAAGGAAUUUCAAGCUGGCAAGCAUUUAUGGGGUUAAUGCUAGUAGAAAGUAGAGUAAUGAUGGUAAUAGAAAAUUCUACAAAGUAUGAUGUAAAGAGUAUGCACAUUGGCUCCCGGGAUAGAAGUAUGGUAUUAGAAUGUUUUCAUUAGUACAUCGAAAUGUUCAAUAUUACCAUUAUUCAAAGUUUUGCAUAUCAUGAUAGGUAAGGUACAUGAUCACAUAAAAUAUUGGCUAUGUGGAAGCCUGUAUCUGAGUCUCAUAUAAUGUAGGUGUGCAGAUAUGUGAUCUAUUGUACAACAUUUUAUAAGAUAUUAUUUUUCCAGUUGUCUGAAGUAAUUUUCACACACUUAUGUUCUCUUUGUAAAGUAUAUGAAAGUCUCACUAUACUAUUCUUUACUUAUUAUGUGGUUGUGAAUCCAUUAUUUUAUAUUUAAAUAGAUCAAAUUGCGGAAAAAGAGCGUGCUGAAUUAUUUGAUCUCCUUUUUUUAAUGACACAUUUACUGCAUGCUCGACGUCCAGAUAAAAUACAAAAUAGUGGUUAUAUUUCUUGGUGCAUAUUAUACUGCAAAAUGACAUUUGUAUAAAUAUAUUGCAUAAUUUUUCA